UCCAUCUUAGCAGAAAAAGAGAAAGAGAGAAGAAGAAGAAGAAGAAGAAGAAGCACAGCAGGGGUAUUUUGGGCAGGGAAAAGGUAAAGGAAGAACAAAAAUGGCUACAGCCUCAGCUCCGCCCAUGGCCAGCCAGUUCAAGAGCUUUCUGCUUCAUGGCCGCGUUGGUCGGGCCGGCCUGCAUGGCCCCAGGGGCAUUUCAGGAACUCCACUAAGGGACUUCAGCUCCAGGAGAAGGUCCUUUCUCAUCGUCCGGGCUAUUCAGGCUGAGAAGCCCACAUACCAAGUGAUUCAGCCCAUAAACGGAGACCCAUUCAUCGGCAGUUUGGAGACCCCAAUCACGUCAAGCCCACUAAUUGCAUGGUACCUCUCAAACCUCCCGGCCUACCGUACCGCCGUAAGCCCAUUACUCCGCGGGAUUGAAGUGGGCCUAGCCCAUGGAUACCUUCUUGUCGGCCCCUUCGUAAAAACUGGCCCUCUCCGCAACACGGAGUACGCCGGCGCCGCUGGCUCCCUCGCCGCCGCUGGCCUCGUCGUCAUCCUAACAGUCUGCCUCAGCAUGUAUGGCAUAGCCACGUUCAACGAAGGCAAUCCUUCUACGGCUCCAUCUCUUACGCUCUCUGGUCGGAAAAAAGUGGCCGACAAACUACAGACGGCCGAGGGCUGGGCGCAGUUCUCUGGUGGCUUCUUCUUUGGGGGGAUUUCCGGCGUAACUUGGGCUUACUUUCUCCUCUAUGUUCUUAACCUCCCUUACUAUAUCAAGUAGAUUUUGAUUUAUUCAGGCUUUGUAAUAAAUGGAUGCUAUGAAUUUCUAUUGCCUUGGUGUUAAAUGUGAGUGGCAUUUAUAUAAAUUCUGGAAUCUGAAGUGAUGUUGGGAUCA